AUGCGCAUAUCGCGGUUGCUGACCCUAGGAAGUGUCUGGCAUCUACUGCCAGUCGUCUUCGCAGGUUUCCCCGCCGCCAACCUCUCGUCGGUCCUAUUGUCACCCCUGCUGGGCCUCUCCCCUGCCACGGAGAUAUUCUCCCCUUCCGAUGCGGACUGGACCAAUGAGACCCAGCGAUGGACUCUCCAUGAUAGUCCGACUUACCUUGCAGCUGUGAAACCUGCCACGGAGAGGGACGUUCAGAAGCUGGUUGCGUUUGCUGCCAAGAGCAACAUUUCCUUUCUGGCCACUGGCGGCGCCCAUGGGUUUACCACCUCCUACGGUACGCUUCAGAAUGGUAUUAUGUUAGACCUCAGUAAUUUUCGCAAUGUCUCGGUGGAUGCUGCCGCCAAUACCAUGCGCAUCGGGGCCGCCGUGCGGUUCGGGGAUGUGUACGAGCCUUUGUACAAUGCCGGGAAAGAAAUCACAACCGGUACCUCCUCCUGCGUGGGCAUGUUAGGCGCCACGCUCGGUGGUGGCCUCGGUCGAUACAAUGGCAUCCACGGGAUGAUCCUCGAUGCCCUCAUCAGUGUGCGUCUUAUUAUCGCCACCGGGGAGAUCAUCACCGCCUCGACGACCAAGAACGCAGACCUCUUCUGGGCCGUGCGCGGUGCCGGCUUCAACUACGGAAUCGUCAUUGAGGCGACGUACCGCAUCACCGAUCUCACCUCGCAGUACGUGACCAACGCCGACUUCGCUUUCCCCAUGAACGCCAGCACCGCCCUCCUGACCUACCUCAAAUCCUUCGAGACAGCCAUGCCAGAGAAGCUGUCUCUCAUUUCCUACGUCACCUAUGUCGCCGCGUACGGCGGCCUGAGCUUCACCUUCAAUGCCGUCUACGCCGGCCCCAAAGACGAGCUCGACCAGCUUCUGGCCCCGCUGCUCCGCGACGCAACGCCCGUUCGAGAGAACAUCACCGUCGUGCCCUGGAAAGAUCUAACCUACACGGCCUUCUUUGCCGCCGAGCCCAGCAUGGCCGCCUGCACCAAGGGUUUGUAUCGGAACGUCUACGGCGGCAGCGUCAAGUCUUAUGACAUCUCCAGCUUCAACACCUUCUUCACCGAGAUGCAGGACUUCUAUCUCGAAUAUCCGGAUGCGCAAUCUAGCGUGUUUUUUAUCGAGCAUUUUCCCAAGGCGAAGGUCUUGUCCGUCCCGGACAAGGCCACUGCCUAUCCGUAUAGGGAUAUCACAGCUCAUUUACUCUGGAAUUUCGGAUACCCCGCCGGCGACCUGGAAGGACCGGUCAAUGCCUUCGGGGUCAAGGCGCGCGCAGACCUCCAAGCGAGUAGUGGGUUCUCGCCACAGCAGAUCUACGUCAACUACGCUCACGGGGAUGAGGCAUCCGAGAUACUGUACAGUGCGCGGAAUCUGCCACGGUUACGCAAACUGAAGGAGGUGUGGGAUCCGGAGAAUGUGUUUCGGUUUAAUGAGCCUGUGGUUUAG